UGCUAGGAGUGGGGGUUUUGGUAGAGUUGAAAGGCAGCAGUGUUGGUCUGUGUGCUGUAGACAGGGUGGAGAAUGCAGGUGUUCAGAUUCAGAGUGUUUCUGAAACCAUUUGCCAUUAGCCUUAGCUUUGGCACACUGAAUUCUGGGAUAUUCCAGCACUUAGCUGUGAUUAAAGCACUGAACUGCGGAGGGCUUUAUAAUGUUAACCGUUAGUGUAGCUGUGGUGUCUGUGUGCUGUGGGUGAGUUUGGGGUGAGCUGUUGUGGUGGUGUGCUCGGUCCUGACCCUCAAAGAGGAUUAGAGAAGAUAAGCUGGACAUUCCGCUGCUCCUGUUCUGUCACUUGUUAUAAACAGGCCUUUGUUGCCAUCUGGUUAAUCACUGCUCGUCUGUUUUACUGACAUUUACACUCUCAGACUCGUCUUAAUUAUUGCCAUUUGUGUUAGCGCUGUGUGUGUUAGCGCUGUGUGUGUUAGCGCUGUGUGUGUUAGCGCUGUGUGUGUUAGCACAGUGUGAGUUAGCACAGCAUGAGUUAGCACAGUGUCUCUCAGUUUAAUGGAAAGACGGACUGAUGGCUACUGUCAGAAAAACACUAAUCUCAGUAAUUCCCAAAAUCAGAUCAUUUACUAAUAAAUGUUAAUGUUUUAUGACACACAUAGUACCAUUAGUCAGUGCUUCUGCCGAAGGAACCGAUGAUUAGAAGAAGCCUGUGGUCAAGAGGAGCCUAUGUUUAGGGGGAGCUAUUGGUCGAGGGAGGUGAGGUACAGGAGGAGCUGAUCAAGAAGAGCUUAUGGUCGAAGGAGGUAAGAUGAAGGAGGAGCCUGUAGUAAUGAGGGGCUGAUUUUUAGGAGAAGAGAUGAUCAAAGGAGGUGAGGUGCAGGAGAAGCCGAUGUUCCGGUGAGGUGCAGGAGGAUCGGGGGUGGUGAGUUGUAGAAAGGGCUGAUCAGGAGGUGCUAAAGGUCAAGGGAGAUGAGGAGCAGGAAGAGCAGAUGCUUGGGGAUGUGAGGUGCAGGAGAAGCUAUUGGUCAAUGGAGGUGAGAUGCAGGAGUAUCUAAUGGGAAGAGGAGGUGCGGUACAGGAAGAUCUGAUGAUCGGGAUGCUGAUUAUCAGGAGAGGUGAGGUGUAGAAGGAGUUUAUGAUCAGCAGGAGCUGAUCGGGGGAGGUGAGGUAUAUGAACGGCUGAUGAUCUGAAUGCGCUGAUGGAAGGAGGAGGUGAGAGGUAUGAGAAGCUGAUGACUAGGAGGAUCUGAUGAAUUGGAAAAACUAAUAAUCAGGGGAGGUGAGGUGCAGGAGGAGCUGAUGAUCAGGAGGAGAUGAUUAUUUGGGGGAGUUGAUGAUCGGGGGAGAUCGGGGGAUUGGCAGGUGUUGGGAUGUGUGGUGUUGAAGCUGUGUUCUGAUUGGGUGUUCGAGAGCUUCAGGAUGUUCUGAUAAUGGAGGAUUGAGUGAGUUUAAGCGGAAUAUGGGCGGAGCUGCUGGAGCUUUAUAUUUUAGGCUAAUUGAAUUUAGCACAUUCUGGAUUGAGAGCUUUUCUGUAAAAAGAGUUUUGGGGUUGGACAGAGGAUGUGAUGUGGGAAACAAUAAAACUGACAGAUGAUCAAGAUGCAGGCUUGUGUUAUUCACUGUGGACCGAAUAGUAAAGCUGGAUUUUUCUCAUUGCAAGUUAAUGAGGGGACAUCUGUGAACUACACAGUGUUUUUAAAUUAAGACUUUUAAUUUAAGCAGGAGCCUGCUUUCUACAUCUGUGUUCAUUAGUUACUGUGUGUUCAAAUGGAGCUGUUUGAUUGACGGGUUAGUUUGUGACGUUUAUUUAAGUACAUAUGGGUUGGUUAUUGAUUAUUGGUUAGAGCUAAUAAGGCACUGAUAGUCAUUUUCUGUUUUUCAUUUGAUGGUUCAGGGAUCUAAAACUCUGUAUUUUACAGUCUUCCUCUUCCUCAUCAGUGUAGAGAACCCAUCCCUCUGAGCUGAGGCUGAUAUGAUUGGAGAGAGUCAUUGUGUGGCACUGAAGAGGUGGAGCUCCAGUCUGUUUUUGAGCUGCACAGACGGAGAGAGAGAGAGAGAGUGAGAGUGUGAAUGGAGGAGAGCUAUAGACAGAUCAGCUGCAUUAGAGGCGGAGUGGAUAAGAGAGAAAGUAGCAAAAAGGAGCGUCAGGAAAGAUAUAGUGUUCAGAGUAGGAGUGUGUGUGGGUGUGUGUAUAUGAUUGUGGUGCUGCUUUAGCACAGCUUGGCGUGCGGUUUUGUUAGUUCUGAUACCAGCAGUGUGUAUUUGUCUGUAGGGUAGUGUGUGUGUGUGUGUGUGUGUGUGUGUGUGUGUGUGUGUGUGUGUGUGUGUGUGUGUGUGUGCGCGCGCGUGUGCACACGUUAGUUUACCGCUGGUCUUGACCGCCUGGCUGUCUUCAUGGUGAAGGAAGAGGGCAUUGUGAGUAGGCGGCGUUUCUCCACCUGUGUGGUGCGACCGCCGCCCCCCUCUGGACGCAAACUGAUCCGCAACGCUUCGUUUGGGGGCUACAACGAGCUCCCGGCUGGCCUGCAAGGUUUGGAUCGAAAGGAAGAAAUCUUACCUCUGAAAGAAGACUCAUCGCUCUCUAUUUCUAAAAGCAAGUCUGAGACUAAACUCUAUAAUGGAUCAGAUAAAGACGUUUCAGCCUCCGGGACCAAACUCACCAAGAAAGAAUCUCUCAAGGUACAGAAGAAGAACUAUAGGGAGGAGAAGAAACGAGCAACUAAAGAGCUUUUGAGUACCAUCACUGACCCGUCUGUAAUCGUCAUGGCUGACUGGCUGAAGAUCCGUGGUACUCUGAAGAGCUGGACGAAGCUGUGGUGUGUGCUGAAGCCAGGAGUGCUGCUGAUCUAUAAGACCCAUAAGAACGGGCAGUGGGUCGGGACCGUGCUGCUUAGUGCCUGUGAGCUCAUCGAGAGACCAUCCAAAAAGGACGGAUUCUGCUUCAAACUGUUCCACCCACUUGAACAGUCCAUUUGGGCUGUGAAGGGUCCUAAAGGAGAAGCUGUUGGCUCUAUUACCCAGCCGCUACCCAGCAGUCACUUGAUCUUCCGUGCUGCCUCAGAGUCCGAUGGUCGUUGUUGGAUGGAUGCUCUGGAGCUGGCUUUGAAGUGUUCCAGUCUGCUGAAGAGGACAAUGAUCCGAGAGGGAAAAGAGGAAACUGCAGCUGCAGCGGAAACAUCACACACACACCUCAACUUUUACAGCUUGCUCAGAGCUCACAAUAUGCAGGGCUUCCAGUUCGGUGAUGGUGAGCAGUUUAAGGAUGUGGAUCUGUACUCAGAUAAAUCAGACCGGGAGAACGAGCAGGAGGAGAACGAGUGGGAGAAGAGCGAGGAAAGCGACAGCGACACCAGCGAGCGGCAGGACGACUCGUACGCCGACCUGGAACCUGGUGAGAACCUGAGGGAGACAAGCUACCUCCAGCAGAGCCAUGAGGAGCUGGGAGAGGCGGGGGAGGCGUCUCAGACGGAAACGGUGUCGGAGGAGAACAAGUCCCUGAUCUGGACUUUACUUAAGCAGGUCCGACCUGGCAUGGAUCUGUCCAAAGUCGUCCUGCCCACCUUUAUCCUGGAGCCACGAUCCUUCCUCGACAAACUGUCCGACUAUUAUUACCAUGCUGACUUCUUAUCUGAAGCGGCGGUGGAGGAGAACGCAUAUAACCGUAUGAAGAAGGUGGUGAAGUGGUACCUCUCUGGGUUCUACAAAAAACCAAAGGGUCUGAAGAAGCCGUAUAACCCAAUCAUUGGAGAAACGUUCCGCUGCAUGUGGCUCCACCCCAAAACCAGCAGCAAAACAUUCUACAUAGCAGAGCAGGUUUCACAUCAUCCCCCAGUCUCUGCCUUCUACAUCAGUAACAGAAAAGAUGGAUUCUGUCUGAGCGGCAGCAUUCUGGCCAAGUCAAAGUUUUAUGGAAACUCUCUGUCUGCAAUUCUGGAUGGUGAAGCCAGACUGACCUUCCUGAACAGAGGAGAGGAUUACAUCAUGAACAUGCCCUAUGCCCACUGCAAGGGUAUUCUGUAUGGAACGAUGACUCUAGAGCUGGCAGGACAAGUAUCAGUCACCUGUGAGAAAACAGGAUACAGCUCCCAGCUGGAGUUUAAACUAAAGCCGUUUCUGGGCAGCAGUGACAGUGUUAAUCAGAUAAGUGGGAAGAUUAAACUGGGGAAAGAAGUGCUGGCUACGCUGGAGGGACACUGGGACUCUGAGAUCUUUAUUAAUGAUAAAAAGACAGGUGAGAUGGAGACGUUUUGGAACCCAACACCGGAUCUGCGCCAAAGCCGCCUCACCCGCUGCACCGUCCCACCUGAGGAGCAGGGCGAGUUUGAGUCUGAGAGACUCUGGCAGCAUGUGACCAGAGCCAUUAACAAUAAAGACCAGACUGAGGCCACCAAUGAGAAAUUCAUAUUGGAGGAGGUUCAGAGAAAAUCAGCCCGGGAGAGGAAAGCCAAGUGUGAGGAGUGGAUUCCAGCACUGUUUGAGCAAGACCCUGGUACCGGAGAGUGGCAUUACAGAUACUCAGACACUCGUCCAUGGGACCCGCUGAAUGAUCUGAUCCAGUUUGAGAAAGACGGCUGUAUUCAGACUAAAGUCCGGCACAGGACUCCUAUGGUACGUUCAGCCAGUGUAGUUAGUCUCAGUGCCCAGCAGGGCACCCGGAGGGACAAUUACCUGAGCCAGGUAACGGGACCUAAAAGAAAGCACAAGCAGAACGAUAAAGCCAAAAAUGCGGAGAGCGGCUGCUCCUCUCCGGAACCAGAACAACAGGACUCGUCUGGCAGUGAGAGACAUAAGAGUAAACCCAGCAGUCGUCUAAGGAAAAAAGCUCCAGAAAUAUCUGACCUGCAGAGCGCAGUGGAGUCCAUACGUCACACACAGGAGGAGAUUAACAGGAGUAUCAGUGCUCUAAGGAGUCGAGUGUCGGUCCAGACUGAGCACAGCUCCUUCCUUACUCAGAGAGACUACGCAAUCAUCCUCUUCCUCAUCUGUGCUCAGAUCGUCCUCACCCUCAUCUACAAAUAAUCAGAAGAUUAUUCUUGAACUCCAGCCUGGGAUCAGGGACCGAACAUAAACCAGAAUGGACGCCUCCCUGUCCACCACUCUCUUGCUCCUGACCUCUGCACAUGUCCACUUUGCCUCGCUUUGUGUUUUUUUUACGCUCUGAAGGAUCCAGAAUUUCAGUGAGAGGUGCUCCGGGACUGACUGCAGAUAAAGUACAUUAUGGGAAAUGCUCUGGACUGCAAAAGAUGAGAGAGCCUAAAAAGCACCGCCUCUUUUACUUUUACUUUAUCACUAUUAUUAUUAUUAUUAUUAUUAUUAUUAUUAUUAUACUGUUAUAUUAUCUUUGUUAUUUUACAGUGUUCACUUUUUCCUACUGGUGUGUUUGUAAGGGAAUUGGAUGGAAGGUUUUAAUGAGGGAUGUCCCAGUUUGAUCCAGUGUCUGAUGUUUGCUUCUGUAGCCAUGCUAGGCUAACAGUGCUGACAAACACUAGGCUUAGACUCAUUUUAUACACACCCCAAAAACACAUCUCUCAGCCCGUUCAGAUCUGCAUUAAUUUAGUGUAGUUAUUUUACAAGUGAUAAAUUUACCUAAGUAAAAACAUUUUUUGUGGGUUUUGUGGGAGGCACCCAGGCAGUGGUCAUUUUUACUCUCUGGACCUGAAUUUGCCUUUGAUACUGAGUUUUCUUUAAACUGUUACAAUAAAACCUGAUUCAGUUGGGAUAAUUUGUUUUUUGCUGCUGUGCCUCCAUAAUAAGACAUACUUUUUUGUAAUUAAGAAUUUUUUUAAUUAGCAGAUGUAAUUCUAAUCCUCCAGCGGUUCAAAACGUUUACAGUAGACUCAAAUCUGAACAGGGAUGAGAACACUGGAUCGGGACCUUCCUAGUUUUAAAGCAACAGAUGAACUGUGUCUCUGUACGAGUGUAAGAGUAUGUGUUUUAUUUUUUACUAAUCAACACACACCUAUGGGAAUAGUAGGAGGAGCUUAGGUGUAGGUGUAGGGGAGUCCAUGGUAUUUCAGGUAUGUAGUUUUACAUUAGCUGUAGAUCUACAUGAGCUAGAAGAGCAUGAGAACCGCCAGCCUCAUGCUGCGCCAUUGCUAGUGUUAAUAUAUACGGACCAGCAGGACACUGCUUGGCUUCAGGUUAGGAAUAAGGUUUAGGUAGAAUUAGGGUUUAGGACUAAUCCUGUAAUUUGACCAUAGUAAAGGUGUAGCAGAAUGUUUCCUAUUGUAGCUCCUCCCCCUUCGUUUAAUGUAAAUAUUAUCAGUUAAAGCCAAAUGGGAGGAAUAUAGGAAUGAGUUACUUAACGUUUUUCUACACAAAUGCUUUAGACACUGUCGUCAUAUCACAUGUGUCUUUUAUCUGUUUUGUGUGUGCGUGUUUUAGAGGUUUGAAUGUGGUCACACCAGUAAUAACUUCAGAUUUAUCAUUAAUGUGCCUUUUUAGAGUGGCUAUGGUUGGCGGGGUUCUUGGGAGAGACUGGGUGGGGCUAUGCCAUGGGUGGGACUUAGAAGGGGCAUGUGAUGGGUGGAGCCUGCUUUAAGUUUUUUUCCACUUUUAUUAAUUUUGGUUGUUUUUCACUACUGCGUGAGUGACUGUGCCAUAAUCAGCCUUAGAGACGCGUUUUAACCCACCGACCACAGAGUGUGCGUGUGUGUGUGUGUGUGUCCUGUUGUCACUUGGACAGUGUGCGCUGCAUCUCUCUGUUCUACACGGUUAAUGAUGAUGUAUUUGUAUUUAAGGAUUAACUUCCUGUAUGUUAAUCACCUGUAACACCAAUUAAUAAUCAAUAAACAGUGACAACCAUCCA